AGACGUAACCGUAAACACUAUUUUUCUAAAGUAAUGGUUCACUGAACUCUGGGGAACUUACUUCUUGGUUAAGUAUGCCUCAGAUGUGCAUACAAGUAGGAAAAAUAUGGAAAGGUUGAUAAGACAAUUGGUUUAGAGAGGAACCAAAGUGCAAUGUUUUGCGGGGACAUUAUUUGAUGUAGCUCCCUAGCUGUAUUUAAAACCAAUUACCCAGAAGAACUUCAUUGACUUGAUUCGGGAUUAAGAAAGCCUUUACUUGAGACAAGAGAAUAUUUUGCUACUAUAUAGUAUCUUCAACUCCUCAUCUUGACUGUGGUAAAAGAGUGAAAGUACGUUGGAGUUACUAACUACUACAGGUUGUUGAUUUUUGAACACUUGAAACAAACUUCAUCCUUCUCUGUAUUCAGAGAUUUUAAUCCUACGAGUCCUAGGACAGCAAGCAUCUAAUAUGGGAAGUGAGUACAGCAUCCAAAGUUCUCCUGUGCAUGGUAAGCCAGGGGUCUUGGCAACUAAGCUGGAAGGAAUUGCUAAGGAGAAACCAGCUGGAAAGUCAUCACCUGAUAUAACACGGGGAACAAAGACCUGCUUAGGUGAAGGUGAGAUGGAAAGCCAAAAUACUAACCUGGAAAGAACCCCUGAAAUGCAGUUGGCUGGAGAGUCAUUACCUGAUGUAGCACAGGGCACUCCCAACAAUGGCUUUGGUGAAGAUAACAUAGAGCAAACUGAUAAAUACCAGAAUGAGAGUGAUACUUUGUCUCUUCCAAAUGAAACAAAAGAAGUACAAAUACUAGAUGUGGAUUCUAUGAAGGAGGCUAUGCCAGCUUCAGAAGUUAAGAUUGAGCAGUGUUGUACUGGAGAUGCCACAGAAGACCAUUAUAGUAACUUGAAUUCUCUACAAAAAGGCCAAUGUACGGACCAGGUAUGUGAGCUAAAUGUUAGAGGACAACCUCAUGAGAAGAAUUUGGUCCAGCAAGAACUCUCCACUACUCAAGAGAAGUCUGUUGUAAGCAGGGGAAAUCAAACAGCUAAUAGAAAAUUGGUGUGCUUCCUUCUAAAUGAGACCGACUUCCAUACUAUGAAUGUCUCCAAGGAAAGUUCUGUGGAUGAUUUAGAAACUCGGCAUCCCGUGGUUACAACACAGCCCACUGCAACACCCCCGCCACAAGUUACAGAACAGCUUUGGUGUUGUGGUGUCGAGAAACCCUUCUCCGCCGAGGAACUUGCCAAAGCAAUUCCAGAUGACCAAGCUUUAGAAAUAGCCGAAGAAAGGAGGCCUCAAAAGACGACACAAACAAUAUACACUGGGAUGGCGGUUACACCUGUUGUCACUCAACAGCCAAGGACUCAAAUGGGAAAUGCUCCUCAGUAUCAGGUUUUCAAUGGUGAUGUCUCAGACCUUCAACAAUCUGUGGGGCAGCUGGGUGAUGGACCAGAGGAAGAAGGCAAGUGUCGGAUAUGCCUCCUCCCGGAAAAGAAAAAGUCAUCUUGUUGCAAUGUGUUGUGAUGGGGAGGUUAAUUCAAGGAACUGGAGGGUUGUAAACAGCAUACACUUUUUUAAUUGAGGUUUUUACUUUUUAAAAUACACACUGAAAUUUAAAUCGAAGAUUGGGAAAAGUUAUCUUUGACAACUCCCAGAAUCUCCAAUGAGCAAAUAGUUAAGGGAACGGUUGUAAAAAAAAACAAACUUUUCCCAAUGUUUGAACUAAAUGCAGUUGCUAGUAUUAGACCCAUUGAAUCAAUGGCACCUACAAUGGUGUUGACUUGACUUCUCAUUGAUUUAUGAAUCUACUCCAGACAUGGGCAAACUUCAGCC